AUGAAUUCCCAUGGAAGUUUUUCUUCUUCUUUCAUCCUACUCUUCCUCCUCGUUUCAUCUUCUCUCCCAUCUCCAGCUCUCUCUGAUUCCACUCCUCGCUGCAACCCAGCUGACAAUGGAGCCCUCUUGAGAAUCAAAGAAUCUUUGAACAUCCCCGACUACUUCGCAGACUGGAAUUCCAGCAAGGAAUGUUGUGACUGGAGCCACCUCGGGUGCGGGGCCUAUUCCGGUGAAGUCGCCGUUCUGGUCUUUGAUUCGAUCAAUUCUCCUUUCAAAAUCCCGGCAGCCAUUGGCGACCUCUCCCACCUCUUGGCCCUUGCAUUCUAUGACAUCCCCAACCUCACUGGCUCCAUCCCUUCAUCAUUCACAAAGCUUCAGAAUCUGGUAUCCAUCACCAUACGUAACACCACUCUCUCCGGCCCCAUCCCAGAAUUCCUCAGCCAACUCAAAAAUCUCCGGGAGCUGGAGUUGCCCUAUAACCAGCUUUCCGGCUCGAUCCCGCCUUCCCUUGUCAACCUCAAUGAACUGAAGCUUCUUAGCCUGGGAUGGAACAGACUCACCGGAUACAUACCCGACUCGUUUGGGGGAUUCAAUGCAGACGUGCUGGGUGGUUUCUCCAUGCUUCUGUCUCACAACCAGCUCUCCGGUGAGAUACCCAGUUCUCUGGGACAAUUUAACGUGUCGAGAAUCGAUCUAUCGUAUAACAAUCUCGUCGGGGACGCGUCGAUUUUGUUCAGGGAGAAUGCAACAGCAACGUCGAUUAAUCUAUCUAAUAACCAGCUGGAUUUUGAUCUGUCGAGCGUGAGGUUUCCAAGGAGCUUGAAAUCUUUGGAUUUGUCGCACAACAUGAUUCGAGGGAGGAUUCCCAAGCAAAUCACCAAGCUGAAUUUGCAGAGCAUGGAUUUGAGUUACAACCGGUUAUGUGGAAGGAUUCCGGUCGGUGGAAAGGUGCAGAAGUUCGGUGCCAAAUCCUUCGCUUAUAAUCUGUGUUUGUGUGGUGCACCACUUCCUAAAUGCAAGUAA